CGAGGCGUUCGGCGGGUUCAUCAGCAUGGGCGGGCCGAGCGUCACGAUGGACAUGCUCGGCGACGGCGGCAGCGGGGAGAGCGCGCCCGCGAGCGACGACGAGGGCGAGUACGAGCUGUACGUCGAGGACGUGGACGCGGAGGACGGUAUCGGUGCUGCCGCGGGCGACGCGGAGAGCCUGUUCGGCGAGGAGCCGCGCGGUGCGUUCUCGCGCGAGUCCACGGAGGUCCCUGCGCCUACGCGCCGGGGGCACGGGAAGCUCGCGUCGGUGCCCAACGAGUCGGUGCCGUUUGGCCUGUUCCGCGAGCUCGCGAUCACGAAGCGGCGAAGGCGCCGGCCGAGUCGGAGCGUGAGCGAGGUGGGCGAGGAGGAUGCAAGCGAUGUGGGCUUGGCGAACGAUGAUUACUUCAGGCCGAGUCCAGCUCCGGAACGUCCGAUCGUCGACGAGCGGCAGCAGCCGGCUAUACUGCGAAAUGGCAUUAUUACGCCUGCAGAGGCAGAGAAGCUCUUCGGCAUAUACUACGACUACAUGAACCUGUCGCUCUCCCUCCUAGAUCCCGUACUCUACACUGCCCAGAAGACAUACUGGCGGUCUCCGUUCCUCUUCACCGUUAUCUGUGCCAUCGCAUCCCGGUACUACGCCCCGCGGCCCGAGCUUUAUGAGCAAGCCAUGAAGUACGCACGUCUAGCGGCGGGAACCGCUUUGAUCGGGGGUCAGAAAACCAUCGAGGUGGUUCAGGCAUACAUUCUCCUCAGCCUGUACCCGGUACCUGCGCGAAGAUGGGAGGACGACCGGAGUUUCAUCUAUCUCGGGCUGGCUAUCCGGGUCGCUACGGACCUGAAGCUGCACUACGCAAUCAACACGAAGCCGGAAAACGAGCACCACGCGCGCGAGAUUCUCAAUCGGACGCGGGUGUGGCUGAAUUGCUUCAAUCUGGACCGGUCCACCGGCUCCCAGUACGGACAGCGUCCGAUCAUCGACAACAACGACUACGUCGCGAACCACACCGAGUUCUGGUGGAACAGCUCGCCGUACAACAUGGACGGCUUCGACGUGCACACGUGCUGCUACAACGCAGAGCUGAAGGUCAUGGGGGAGUUCCGCAUGCGCAUAUACAGCAACCCGAACCACCCCACGGGGCUGAACAAGGUGCGUUUCGCGUGGAUUGAACACUUUGGACGUCGGACAUCGGACUGA